UAUCUUUUGAGUUCCGGGUUGUAGGCUCCGGAAGCAAUGCUGAACUUUAGUUGACAUUAAAAAUACAAAAAACCGCUGUUGUUGAGAGACUGAGCUAACUUGCAAAAAUGCCAACUCCUAAAAAAAGAACGGUUUCGUUUGACUCGCAAGCUAAGAGAGGAAAGCUCGAGCCAAAGGCUGCUGAUUUGCCCACUAAGAGAAACAUUUCAACUUCUGUGAAAUCGACUAAGCUUUUGAGAGGCCCUUCUACACAGAGAAUGAUUUUGGCUACACCCCGAGCCAGGAAGAAGCCUCCAGCUCCACAGAAUGAUACAAAAAACCCAGCAAAACCCAUUCGCAGCUCAACCAGAGUGAGAACAGUCCAAAAGACAGUGAUCAAGAAAAAGCCAAAAAUGGUUGUCCAAACCGAAAAGGGGAGGAGGACUGCCUCAAGGACUCAUUCAUGCAAACGGGCAGCACCAUCAAACCAGUUUCCUAAGAAUACUUCUACAACCCAGCCAGCUAAAAGGACAAACAUUGGUUUAAGGAAGCCACGGGUCAAGAAAACUGCAGAAUUGGGCCCAUCUGUUUCAGUGUCGUCACGGGACAGUGCCUCUUUUGGAGAGGAAGGGAUCAGAAAGCAGCCACUAAGACGGAGAGCACAGCGUACCCCUUCUAGAACUCUCCGUAAUGGAGAAUUCCCUUCUAAUGGAACCAGAGGCCACAAGAGAGCUAGAGCCAGCAGCCCAACAGAAAAAAAUAAAACUAGGGUUGGUCUCACCAGCAUGGAAAACCCUGUAACUCUUAGUUCAGUCCAGUCAGACCAUAAUUACGGUAGAACUGCAGAGUCCACAAGCUGUAAUGUUCAAAUGACAAGCCAGAGAGAACUACUUUUCAAGAAAGGACCUAAGCACCAAGGUGCUUUAAAAACAAAAAACCAACAUGCCUUGAGGAGGAGAUACAGUUGCACUGAGAACCUUCAGGAGAUUUCUAUGUCCAGUCCUCAGACUAGCAAAAAGACCAGAAGUUCCCUAGAUUGGCAGAUAGAACUUUUCUCUGGCUCAAAGGAUAAUGUUGACAAAUGCCAUGGGGUCAGACAGUCUGUAAAAAAGUCCUCUCCACCUUUGGAAGCACUUUUAAAAGUCAUUAAGGAGUCUAACCUUUACAAACCAUCCUUAACUGCAAAAGAGGGUUCAUGUGCAGCAGAAAUUGAAGGAGUGAACAGGAGUUGCAUCCCUGGUGAUGUAGAGAGCUUUAAAAUGGACACAAAAAGAUGUGGUGACCCACAGACAUCAAAAAUGGGAAAUUGUGCUGUGCAUUUUGGUACGUCAGCAGCUGAAUUUGGCAGUCUGCUUGUACUAAAUGAUUGUAUUUUAGCUGAAGAUAAUGAGUCAGCGGAAAAGAGUACUUUGAAACACAAAGUGUUGGAGGAACAGUCUGAAGUGAGCAUUCAAGUUUGCAAUCCCCUUAGCACAGAGAUGCAUGCGCAAGAGGAUCGACUCCUUCCAUCAUCACUGGAAAUAAGAGCUGUGUCUUUCAAAACCAAUGUGGCUAACCCUGCAGAGAUAGAAGAUAAGCCAGAGACAGAUGGCGGGCCUGCUCCACCCAAGAAGGAGAUGAUGAACCCUCAAGCCAGGACCAAGGCCCGUCUUGCUGCACUAGCUGAGGAAAAGGCUGCAGCAAUGAAGAAAGCAGCUGCUAAGCAGCUGAAUCUCCUGGCUCUGUGUGAGGAAAUUGCUGAGGACAUUGCAUCAGACACAAUGGAGUUGAAGAAGGAGGAAGAAGAGCAGGAUAUUACUGACUAUCCUAGUCAUCCGGAGGCAAUACAGUUGAAGCCCGAGAAGGAAGAUGACAGCAUCCCAACAUCUUCUAUCUGUGACAAGACCACUCCACACCCUGCUAUGGCCCAAAAGGCAAUUACUGUGACAAUAGAGGAGCCAAAAAAAACGCUUUUUCUUGAGUCAUAUUACAGUACCUUUGAAAUCACAUGAGAAGAAGCUGACUCGAUUUCAGAGGCUGCGCCAGACAGAACUUAAGAGGGAAAAACUGACAUGGACUAGAGUGAAGAAGUUCAAGACUGAGCAGACAAAUCGAAGGCUCUCCAAUGAUGCGACUAUAGAGCCUAAUGUCAUUCUUGCUGCUGCUCCCUUGAGUCCUGCUCCAUGCUUAGCCACUACCUACAUGAAGGAGACCGAAAAAACUGAAAGUAUAAACAAGAAACCACUUCCAGCAGUGGCACCAUCUAUGCCUAAUGGUGUCACUGUUCUGAAGACCAGACCAGUGGUGGAAUACAAACUGUACACACCCAGGCCCAAGUAUUCGCCUGAUGAUUUUGUGCUAGAUGGAGUGGAUGAGGAACCAAGACGCAUCCCUAUGGAACCCAUGUUUCGGAAAAUAAAUGUACAGCCUGGUUCCAAAGGUGUUGAAGAUGUGAGCUGCAUAGGACCAGUCUCCUCUUCUCCCACGAUAGUGUCACCUAUAGCCACACCAGGCAAGAAGCCAUGUAACCUGCACAGCAGUGAAUCAGAACAGAGGCCCUCAGCACAAGCAGAUCUCAUCAAUAAGGACACUUCUGGCCACCAUGCUGUGUCUCCUGACACAGCCUCCUCCUGUUUUGGAAGCAGUCCCUCGUCUGACACCCAUACGCACAAAGAGAACAAGAGGUUGAAGAAUGUGGACAAAGAGGGACUACAAGCCAUGAACGACCCAGAUCAGAAGAACUUUGGCACAGUGACAUGCAGUGUGUGUGGCAUGUUAUACUCUGCUGCUAAUCCUGAGGAUGAGUCCCAGCACCUGCUAUUCCAUAACCAGUUCAUCAGCGCUGUCAGAUAUGUGGGAUGGAAGAAGGAAAGGAUUCUGGGAGAAUAUCCUGAUGGCAAGGUCAUCUUGGUUCUUCCAGAUGACCCCAAAUACGCUCUGAAGAAGGUGGAGGAGAUUCGUGAAAUGGUGGACAGUGAUCUGGGAUUCCAGCAGGUAGAUACACAGUGUCCCUCCCAGACUAAGACCUUCCUCUUCAUUUCCAAUGACAAGAAGGUGGCUGGAUGCCUCAUUGCAGAGCACAUUCAGGAGGGUUUCCGGGUGAUUGAAGAGGCCACGCCCGAGGGCUCAGAGGGGGAGAAGGUGAUGUUUGAGCAGCAGAGGGCUUGGUGCUGCUCAACCGUCCCUGAGCCGGCCGUCUGUGGCAUCAGCCGCAUCUGGGUCUUCAGCAUGAUGAGGAGGAAGGGAAUUGCCUCACGCAUGAUUGAAUGCCUGAGGAACAACUUCAUCUAUGGAUCUCACCUAAACAAGGAGGAGAUUGCCUUCUCUGACCCCACACCUGACGGCAAGCUCUUUGCUACACAUUACUGUGGCACUUCACAGUUUCUAGUCUACAACUUCGUCAGUGGGACACAGUCAGCCCGGCCCAGCCCAGAUGUCAUGUGACCGUCUUUGAGCUGACUGCUGAUAUUGUGACUCCGGCUGAGCUGCUGCAACAUUCAUGUCAGACUUUCUUGUCAUGAGCAGACUUAGUCUUGGCUUGUUGUUUUAUGAAUUUCAUAGCACUGGGUUUGGUCUAAUGACUGCCAAGCAAACUCCUCCUUUGGGAGAGAUGUUAAGAAACCCUUCAACUGUUGUUGUUUUUUUUAAACUCAGGUUUUUAAACAAGAAUAAGUUGUAAAAAAAAAAAAAUAGUAAAAAGGUCUUUUCCAUUUAUCCCCAUAAUGAAAAAUAUUUUGAAAAAAAGCAUAUUUUGUUAAAGCAUUUUUUAAGAAUGGAAAAUACUGUAUUUUAUUGGAAAUCUUUUAAAGAUUUAAAGGCAUGGUCCUUUCCAUAGGAAAAGCAAAUCAAAAAAUCCCCAAAAUAGCUUUAACUCUGGUAGUUUUUAUAUUUUUACGAUAUUUCUUUAUUUUCUUCUAUGUUCCUUCUAUGCACUUUUGGAAAACAACUUCAGUCUUGAGACCAACAUGCUAUUUUCCCACUUGCAUCCAGAAAAGGUUUCUUGAAAAGCCAGUCAAUCCUCUUGACUUUCACAUGAGAAGGAGAUUAAUUGUAUCUUAAAAUAAGCUGCAGAACUUCACCUAGUUGUGUUUCAUGAUGUAGAUUUGUUUUCUGCCGGCAAUGUACAUGCAUUGAUUGUGUUUUUCAGCAAUGGACCUUCAAUAUUUUACUUUUUGUCAAGAUUCUAGGAAAGAAGGAUGCCAAACAUUGCCGUAAAGGAAGGCCAUUGCUUUCAUUGGUUCCAUCCUGGCCCGUUCAGUCUGUUUGUCAUUGGGAGAUUUCACCCCUUUAGUGUUUGUCUACAUGGGAGUUGAAGUGGUCCUGACUUAAUUAAGAAUGAAAUAAGAAUUAAUUCUUAUGUAUUGAAUUACCCCGUCAGGGAUUAGUAUGAAGUACCACGGGUCUGUUUGAUGUGGUUAAGCUAAUCAGACUCAGUCACAUCUAGUCAUGAACAAAGGUAUGUUUUUCAAAUGUGAAGGUGCAGCUUGUUCACUCACUGUAAUUACAGCCAUCAAUCCCACCAAUGCAAUGUCCAUCUUGCUUCUGACUUCCUUGCCACCCCCCCCCCCCCAUGUAUGCUGGUAUUUCUUCCAACCAUAGCUGCAGUUCCAGAAUUUUGACAAGCUGAAAUUUUUUCUUUUAAUGAAAUUGCUUCCAAUAUAGCACAAUAUGAACAUGGGACAUUUCUGCAUGGCUUGCAUAGCUAUUUCUGACAUAAUGUGGAAUACGAGGAUAACGAUAAUCCCUAAAAACCUGAAAAGCACAUAAUUAAGAAAAAUAAACAGCUUUUCAAAAAUUUAGGAUUGCAAAUGUGGUUGGAAUGAAACCAGGCAUACACAGGGGGGCCCCAGGACCGAGUUUGAGAACUACUGUCCUAGGCUAUAAGGAUAAUCUAUGAGAAAAGGACAGAUUUGGCUUUAUGCAGUUUCAUGUUAAAGGGGCAGUUCACCCAAAAAUGAAAUUAAGGUACGUUUCCACUUUCUAUCUACUAUCUAUCAUUCAGAUAGUUUUGCUAGUUUUUGGAUAUCUGCUGCAGCCCACCCUGAUGCAAGAGACUUCAACAGACCAAUAUUUUUGUGGUGCUUAAUGCACCAAAAGUUUAUGUUCCAAGAACUCAACAUUAUCGUCUCUUUCCAAAUAUAAACCCAUGGUUACUUGCUGAGAUACGCAGAGCUUAAUUUCUGCAUGGAUUCAUCAUGAACUGCUAAUUCUACUGAAGUACACCAACUGUGUGUGUCCAAGCUCUCAUGCAGGUGGGCUAGUAUGACAUUUAAAUGGUGGUGGCAUGACUGAUGGAAUGUGACCGUUUGUGGUAGUUUCAGUAUAGCAACUUGUAAACAAUUUACUUUAUUAAAGCACAACAGAUUCAGAAUUAUGUGGCAUACUAUUUAGAAAGAGACAAAUAUGGGUCUGUUGAGGUCCACUGUAUCAGGGUGAGCUGCAGUGGAUAUCUAAAAACUCAGCAAAAUAAUCUGGAUGGAUAGAUAGCACUUUGGGUAAGUGUAAACAUACCGUAAUUUCCUUUUUGGGUGAACUCACCAUUUUAAUCAUAUGUAUCCACAUUACAGGGAGCAAAACCAAUCCAGACAUACCACAGUAUUAAGAGCAAUAUUCCCCAUUCCUUUUAAAUUUUCCUUAAUGUGACUGUCUAUCAAGGCUGUUCUAAAACAGUUCUCACACAGUCAUGGAAAAAUGGGUGGAAGUAUGUUCUGAUGCUUGUAAAUGGGUGGUAAUGUGUUCUGAUGCUUGUAUGUAGUAAGUUCUUUUCAGAUUAAAGAGGAAGUCCUCAGGCUAUGAUUUUG